AUGGAGAAAAGCAAGUUGGCAUACGCAAAUGCUACCGUGUUAGGGCCUAAAGCUAAGAAGCACUUUGUGCUUGUUCAUACUUUAGGCCAUGGAGCCUGGUCCUGGUACAAGAUUGUAGCAUUGAUGACAUCUACAGGGCAUAAUGUCACAGCUAUUGACUUGGGUGCUUCAGGGAUCAACCCCAAACAGGCCCUUGAAAUUCCACAUUUUUCUGAUUACUUGAGUCCACUAAUGGAGUUCAUGGCUUCACUUCCUGCUGGUAAAAAAGUAGUUCUCGUAGGGCAUAGCCUUGGUGGAUUCGCCAUUUCUAAAGCCAUGGAAACAUUCCCUGAAAAGAUUUCAGUUGCUGUAUUUCUUAGUGCUCUAAUGCCUGGUCCAAUUCUCAAUGUAACCGAUAUCUACACUAAGGCACUCAAUGCAACAAUAGUUCAACUUGAUAAUCGUAUUGCAUAUGAUAAUGGACCUACAAAUCCUCCAGCCACUCUCAUCCUAGGUCUGAACUACUUGGCAGCUAGUGUUUAUCAGCUGAGCCCAAUUGAGGAUUUGACUCUGGCCACUACACUAGUAAGGCCAUUUUAUUUAUACAGCGCGGAAGAUGUUUCUAAGGAGAUAGUUCUUACAAGCAAAAGGUAUGGAUCAGUUAGGCGAGUGUUCAUUGUUGCUCCUGAAAAUAAUGCUCUGAAGAAGGAAUUUCAACAGUGGAUGAUUGAAAAGAAUCCACCAGAUGAAGUGGAACAGAUCGAGGGCUCUGACCACGCGACCAUGAUGUCUAAGCCCCAACAACUUUUUACUACUCUUCUGAGCAUCGCUUACAAGUAUAGCUAAAGAACUGUUAGUUAAAAAGAAUAAGGGGACAUGUGUAAGGCUGAAAAUAAAACUUGAGUCAAUUCACAUAUCUGAUGCACUUAUAUGGGGAUCUCACUUCUUCCAUAACGUAUUCAAAUGUUUCGAUUUGGAAUUGUUUAAACUUUGUGAACAAUUUGAUGAAAUAAAA